GGGGUGCCGAGGCAGGCCGUGUGUGAAUAUUAAUGGACCCAAAAUGCAGACUGCUUCAGUUGUGAGCGAGCUUUAUUAACAAAAGGGAAAACCAACGAGAACGAGGAGGAGGAAAACCAAACCCUAAGAAUAAACUAAACUGGGAAAAGCUACACAAAAACUAACCUAAAACCUUGAGGUGAGAAACGUAGAUGCAGGGAGAAUACACCAGGACAUGACGGGGAGCAACACAGACGAACCAGCAAUCACUAAGACAAAAGACACGACUAAAAUACACUCAGAGAACACAGGGAGAUACACACAGGUGGGGGACACAGCUGGGAGAGAUUAACCUGACGAGACAAGGGAGGCAAACUGAAAACACUCACAUCAGACGCAGACCUUCACAAUAAAACGGGAAACACAUACACACAAAGACACAGACUAGGAAACGCGGACUUAACACAGGAGUAGACGGCAGAACAGAACAACACUAAACAGUAGGAAGAACAGAACCAAAAUGACACUAAUAGAAAACACAAAACGCUGGGUCAAAAGGACCCAGGAUCAUGACAGUACCCCCCGUCAAAGGCUGGCUCCAGACAGCCCAAGAAGAAAACAAAAACAGCCAGAAAACAGAAAACAACCGGACCAGGGCGGGCGGCGGGGGUCCAGGACGGAGGGCUCGAGGCAAAACAAAACAGGAGCACUAGAAAGUCCACAACAAAACGCGAGUCCAGCACCAAAAGAACAACAACAAAAGAAACACACCGGAGCACAAGAAAACAGAGUCCAAAACAGAAAAGUUCAGGGGGCCGGCCAGGGGGCCGACCGCACAGGAGUCCAAACAGUUCCGGGGGCCGACCGUGCGGAAGGCCACGGUGGCGAUGUGGACCCAGGUCAGGGGGCCGGCCCGGGGGCCGACAACCCAGGAGCCCGGACAGUUCAGGGGGCCGGCCGUGAGGACGGCAGCGGCGACGACCCAGGCGGAGGCGGUCCGGGGGCCGCCCACGACGGCGAUGUCGCCUGGCCAGUGGCCUGGAAGGUGGCCAGUCAGCUGCGGACCCCGACGGGGUAGGACCAGGCGACGCUGCAGACCCCGACGGGGCUGGACCAGACGACGCUGAAGACUCGGAGGCUGGACCAGGCGAGGCUGAUGAGGCCGCAGGUGACGGCGUGGAAGCCGGAGACGAUGAGGCCGCAGGUGAC